ACCAAACCCUACUCAUCUACAUUCUCUCUUUCCAAGCUCCUACACCUCAUCUAUAUAAACCCAAUGCCUUAACCCUAAUCAACUCACUCACCUUCCUAAAAGAAUCAAUACCCAUCUCCAAUUGUUUUUCAUUUGAACCCUCCAUGGCUGGUCUCAAGCUCGUUUGUGGUCUAAUCUUGUUCAUGUUAGUGGUUGAACCAAUGGCCACAACCGCCCUAACAUGCGGAGACGUGGUGGGACUUGCGGCCGGAUGCAUUGGGUACUUGCAGAACCGAGGUGGAAGAAGGCCAUCGAGAGGUUGCUGCAAUGGAGUUCAUUACCUAAACAGGCGAGCUAGAACCACCCGUGACCGACGAACCGUGUGCCGAUGCUUGCAAAACACCGCGAGGAGAAUCUCUGGUGUCAAUUAUAGGUUGGCUGAGAGCCUUCCUGCUAAAUGCGGUGUUAGAAUUCCUUUCAAGAUCAGCCUCUCUACUAAUUGCAACAGGGUGAGAUGAGAUGGAUGAAGUAAUUUGCAGCUUGCAGGAGAUACUUUAUAUAUAU